CAGUAUUCAGUCGACGCGCGGAGUCCGCCGUAGGAGCUGCGCUCUACUGGGGCGUUUUAAAUGCCCGUUUAACCAAUAAGAAACGAGAGUGUGUAGACGAAAAAGUUUUUCAUAAAUCUAGAUCAUUCGGUAUACCGCUAACGGUAUCGAUAGCGACCGAUAAAUUUGAAAACAAUUUUUUUUCCUACAGUCUUUUUCACGUGCACACAUGUAUUAGCGUUUAUCAGGAAUUUACUUACGACCCGCUCGAGUGUUGCGAACGGCAAGCGGUUUGAUAAGGGAAUUUUUUUUGGGACGAGUUUUAUUCUGUGCGCGUGUUUAGUUGUGAAUAAAGGAGGAAAAAACAACAAGACCGAAGUCAAUUGAUCGUUCGAAGAUUCGAUAAACCUUCGUUCCAAGCGUUUGGUGAAUAUUAUUUUUCUCGCGCUCCUGAGACUUCGUUCUGAAUAGAAUAUUUGGCUACAGCAGGGUCAAACUGUCCGGGCUAAACGACAAUUUAGAUUCAGCCAUGUCUCUGGAAGAGUCACGGCGUUCCCAACGUCCGUACCGUUACGGUAUGGUGUUAUUGUGCGUCGGUGCCCUCAUUAAUUGGCUAGGUUUGGCUGAAAACUACGUCGAGCCUGUACGCUACGUUGGAGUUGCUUGUAUCGUAGCCGGAGCUCUUUUAAUAUGCGCAGCAAUGUGUUGCUGGCUUCAUGCGCCACCCACAAGGGCCAGUGUCCAAGCUCAACACCCGAGUCAUCCAAUAACAGCUCAGAUUGACGAUCCAAUUCACGUUAUCUCAAUCGAGGAACCAUCGAUAACGAAUUCGCGACAAAAACCACCAGAUUACGAGGCUGUUGCGGACGCCCCUCCGAGUUACGAUGACGCUAUAAAAUUGAAUCCAGCUCAAUUAGCUGCACUACCUAGCAAUAGUAACGAUGUUACGGGGGCGCGUACAUUGACAGCUACCACACAACCUGUAGUAGUAACGAUACUAAGUACGGCUGGAAGCGAAGGUCUGACGUCAGUGGAACCGACUGCGCUAUCUCCACCGCCACCUUACGCAAGGUGAGACUCCGCCAUGAGGAUGUCGCACUCUUUGAUGCAAUCGAGAGUAUCGACCGGAAGUGCUCGCCGAAACGAGUUUUUCAUGACUCGUCACCAGCACCAACGUGGAAACGUCCGUGCAGAGAAUCAUCAUUGUCAUCGACACAAUAAUUACAAUCAGCAGCAUCACAACCGUCAUCAUCCAUUCAAUGGUAGAACGUCGCGACACAACAAAACGGCGACGAUGCGCUAUCGACGUUACGCCGUCAGACCCGUAUCGUCGUCGAUCUCCACGAUCGAAGCAAAAAGACUGCGAGCCAGUGGUGUUCAUGCGCUUUACGCAAACUUGCUCUUCGUCCAACCCAAUUCCUUUGAUUCUUGAUCAUCGGCGGACUCAUCCUCGGUUCGCGAAGAUGAUCCUUAUUUCGUUCUGAAACAGCUAACGGGGGAAAAAAAAUAUUGAGGAACGAGGCAAAAAUUUGUUGAACGAGUCGACGAAGCGCGCUGAUCCAGAGGAAUUUCGUUGAGAACGCGACAAAACUCGAGCCGAAUAAGAUGAAGGUUCGGAGGCUGUGAGAGAAACCAUUGAUAUUUUCAGGCCGAGAACGAUCGAAUUCUCUUCACGAGUCCCUGAAAAAUCAAUUAAAUCGCAGUGUUAUCUUCUGGUUUCUUAUUUACGAAUGCGGUGAUAAUGCCACGGCGAACUCUGAUUACCGAAGCUUGUACGAAUCAAUCCAGCCGCCCAUCGAUGUGAUCGUUUAUCGAAAAAUAUUGAAGAAUCCAAUUUGGAACGUGAAGGAGAAGAUUUUUAUCAUCCGAAGCCAGUCAUGUAUCGUUUGAGUUAUGCUUAGGUGGAGGAGAGCUAGCUGGAAAGGAGAUCCCGGUUUUUCUCAAACGGCCUUGAUAUUUCGAGAACAGAUCGAUGCGGAUAUGGUCAUGAGCGAAGUCAACGAGGUGUGGCUACAACAACACAAAAAAAUGAGUUACUUUGUAUAUUCUUUGAUGAAAGGGGAGCAACAUCUUAGUUAAAUUUUUCCGAGAAUUCAACAGUGGCACACCAGCAGGAUUUUCACUGACCAAAGUACUCACAACCGGCCUUAAUUAUAUAUGCCACUCAAUAAACUUAUAUCACCUUUA